AUGUCUACCUCUCUCGAUCAGCUUAAGGCCACCGGCACCGUCGUUGUCUCCGACUCCGGCGACUUCGCCUCCAUCGCCAAGUACAAGCCCCAGGAUGCCACCACCAACCCCUCCCUCAUCCUCGCCGCCUCCAAGAAGCCCGAGUACGCCAAGCUGAUUGACGAGGCCGUCGCCUUCGCCAAGAAGCAGGGUGGCUCCGUCGACCAGCAGGUCGAUGCUGCCCUCGACGCCCUCCUCGUCGAGUUCGGCAAGGAGAUCCUCAAGGUCGUCCCCGGCAAGGUUUCCACCGAGGUUGACGCCCGCUUCUCCUUCGACACCAAGGCCUCCGUCGACAAGGCUCUCCGCAUCAUCGAGCUCUACAAGCAGCAGGGCAUCGACAAGGAGCGUGUCCUGAUCAAGAUCGCCUCCACCUGGGAGGGUAUCAAGGCCGCCGAGAUCCUCCAGCGCGACCACGGCAUCAACACCAACCUCACCCUCAUGUUCUCCAUCGUCCAGGCCAUCGCUGCCGCCGAGGCCGGUGCCUACCUCAUCUCUCCCUUCGUCGGCCGCAUCCUCGACUGGUACAAGGCCGCCACCAAGAAGGAGUACUCCAAGGAGGAGGACCCCGGUGUCAAGUCCGUCGAGACCAUCUUCAACUACUACAAGAAGUACGGCUACAAGACCAUCGUCAUGGGUGCCUCUUUCCGCAACACUGGCGAGAUCACCGAGCUUGCCGGCUGCGACUACCUGACCAUCUCCCCCAACCUGCUUGAGGAGCUCCUCAACUCCGACGCUCCCGUCCCCAAGAAGCUCGACGCCUCCAAGGCCGCCUCCCUCGACAUCGAGAAGAAGGCCUACAUCAACGACGAGUCCCUCUUCCGCUUCGACUUCAACGAGGAGCAGAUGGCCGUCGAGAAGCUCCGCGAGGGUAUCUCCAAGUUCGCUGCCGACGCCGAGACCCUCAAGGGCAUCAUCAAGGCCAAGGUCCAAGCAUAA